UCGAGUCUUAACCUUCUUUGCCCCCAACAUCUUGGAUCUUCUGUUUUCUCCUGCUGGGAUUUUUCUCCUGUUCCUCCAGCCUUAUUGCCUGCUCUCCUGUGUGCACAUCAACUCUUCCUUUUUCUCCUGCUCUCUUUUUCCUUUUCCUUCCAUCUUGUGCCGGUGCUUGUCUCCUUGUGCGUGGUUUUUGGACUAUGCUCUCCUCACCCACUGUGAUUCUCCAGCCUUAUGGACUCCCCGUCUAUCCACAGACAACCACAUGCUACCCCAGCAUAGUUCAGGGAGGCCCCACACAGGAGGCGGGCCCCGGCAGCGGCGAUCCCGCCCUGCCUCAGGUCUACGCCCCUCCUCCCUCCUACCCUCCGCCAGGUCAAGGUCCAUCAACAUCUGCGGGCAGACUGCCUCCUCUUGAUUUUAGCUCUGCACACGCCAGUUCAGAGUACCCCGAACAUCCUCAGCUCAGAGUCUACCAAGGCCCUCAGCUGGACGGGGCAGAGGCUCUGACAUCCAGUAACACGGAGGAUGCAUUGGCCCCUGUGACCUCUGACCCCCAGUCUCUGAGCGUGUCUGCAUCAUCAGGGGGCGGAGCAGGAAGUGGAAGUGAUGAGGAGGGGUCAGGUAAGACCCAACCAAAACGCCUCCAUGUCUCCAACAUCCCGUUUCGCUUCAGAGACCCAGACCUCCGUCAGAUGUUUGGGCAAUUUGGCAAGAUCCUCGAUGUAGAAAUUAUCUUCAAUGAGAGGGGGUCAAAGGGCUUUGGGUUUGUCACCUUCGAGAGUGCGACUGAGGCUGACCGGGCAAGAGAAAAGCUGAAUGGGACGAUUGUGGAAGGGAGAAAAAUCGAGGUGAAUAACGCCACAGCCAGAGUGGUGACCAAGAAGCCUCAGACGCCUCUUGUGAAUGGGGAAAUUUCAGCUUCUGCAUGGAAGAUCAACCCUGUCAUGGGGGCGAUGUACGCACCUGAACUAUACACAGUUGCCAGUUUCCCGUACCCAGUAGCCACUCCCACCUUGGCCUACCGGGGCUCCGCGCUGCGUGGUCGAGGCCGAGCUGUCUACAACACCAUUCGCUCUGCUGCAGCCACACCUGCUGCUGUACCCGCCUACCCCGGGGUGGUAUAUCAGGAUGGACUGUAUGGAGCUGAAGUCUAUGGUGGCUAUCCUGCAGCUUAUAGAGUGGCUCAAUCAGCGUCUGCUGCCACAGCGACCUACAGUGAUGGAUAUGGACGAGUUUACGCCACAGCUGCGGAUCCCUACCACCACUCAGUCGGACCAACAACAACAUAUGGAGUCGGUACAGUGGCCAGCUUGUACAGAGGAGGAUAUAACCGCUUCACUCCGUACUGAGCCGCCCGUCGGGGAGGGGGCGGGUGGAAGUCGUCUCUCUUGAACUCUGGGAUUGGCUGAUGGUCCGUGGACGCUGCAGGACAGAUAAUGAGAUCCUUAAAAUGAAGAAAUGUGGUUUUUACCGCCUGUCUCUACCACAACCUCUCCUCGAGAGACUAAACAGACUGAAGCUGUAAAUACUUACUGCCCAUGUUGCUGGUGAAUACUUAGAACCUGGAAGAGGAUGUUAUGUAAUAUAGAGGAAGUUGCUUAACUGUUUUGUGAAUUUGAAGAGUAACUGGUGAUGGUAGAUGUUUCACACUACAGGAGGGGGAGAAUACUGUGAGAGUGAUUUUUGUGAGUGAUGUCUGGGGUUUUUCCACGGGUCAAACUGUACAAAAACAGAACAUUUUGUACAAUGUUAAAUGACUUAUUUUUGAUGCUAAUUAUUUACUAAAUCUAUAUUUGACUGUGUGUGUGUGUGUGUGUGUGUGUGCGUGUGUGUGAGUAAAUGAGUGAGGUUAUUGUUCAGUUAACCGCUGAGAGACAGCUGUGACACUCUGGUAUCAUUACGACAAAUGCAGAACUCAUGUUUGUCUGGAUGUAGUUGGGUUUUUUAUGCCUUUCUAACAAUCUACCUCUCAUACAUUUUUAGCUUUUAAUACAGGUGUCUUUAUUAAUUCUGUCAUGCUUCCUGUAGCUGUGAGCUUUUUUCUUCUCUUCACUUUUCUGCCAGUAAAUCCGAACUAACACGGUUUCUGUAGCUCAUCUGAGCCUGACGCCUGUCGGGUGCCUCCUGUUAAGUCUCCAGGUUUUACUUUCCUAAUCGUUUUAAGCCCCAGCAGUCUUUUGCUGUUGCCUCUAACACACAAACCGAGGAUUAAAGGCUUCACUUUGGGUUUUGCUUCUCUCAUCUUAUCUCAAAUAACUGCCCACCAUGUAGGAGUUUCAGUGUUCUGUUCAGUUCAGCCUCUUGUUGACUUUACCUUUACUGUCAUCUUUGCUUGUAUUUUCUCUCCGUUUCCUCAUUCAGAAGUGCUGAAUGGCUUCUUGUCUUUGUUUCUUUGGCAGUCCUGUCUGCUGUGUUUGAUGCUGUCCUCUAAAUAAACCUUGUUUUCUCUCUCUU